AUGCCGAAGCAAAUUUUCGAACUAAUUGAUUACUUGGGCCCACUUGCUGUCUCAGUUGCUUUCAUCAUAGCUCUCUUCCUAAUUUCGCUGAUCAUCAACUUCUUGUGGAUUACCAAGGAAGACGAUCGCACUGUUUUUGAAAAGUUCGGUUCCAAUUUUGAUAUUCGCCUUGGCGUGCACCACAUGCGUCAUCGCUCCGAUAAGAAAAAGGAGGAAGCUGUGGAACUUGGGCGAAUUCGGAGUCGAGAAUGGGAAGGCGAACAACAAGAUUAUUGCAUGGUUGAACUAGGUGAACGUUGCGAUGGGCUCGAUCAGGAAUCCUCCCGUCAUUGA